AUGACUUAUUCUAUUGAAUCUCAUAUUUGGUUGCGAAACUAUAUAGAUGUUUUUCCUCAACCACCCAAGGACUUCCGCAAAUCCUUCUAUCCCAACAAGGAUUUCAAGAAGUUGUUGGAUUUGCCAGUUGACCAGCGAAAAGCCCCUCUGCUGCUUAACUAUAUCCAACUUGGAUCAACCUCUGCCCCAGCAGAACAACCAUCUACUUCAGCUCCACAACUGAUUCCACCCUUUCAGCGCCAACGCCAACGUCGAGCUCUAAUUUUUGCACCAGCAAGUUGGACUUGUAGCCGAAGACGCCGAAGUACCGAGGCGUCCUCUUACGAUCCAGCCAACCCACCAACUGCACUUUUAACGAUCUACCUUGGCACUAAAGUUACCAUUGCCAUCUCCACCGAUGAAAUGGGGCGACAAAAGGCCGUUGCCGAUGACCUUCUUGCCGACAUCCCCAAUGUCGUCACAGUUCAAUCUUUCCCUUCCCAGUCUCAACCUAAACUGAAGCCAAAGAGGCUGAAGAAAGCCCAAACCAAGGCAACGGUGACUCAGAUUGACUCUAAGGACACCUUGCUAAUCUCAAAAAUGGCUGAGGUAGAAAAAAGUGCCUCUGCUGCCGAAAAGAGGCCCGCUGAGGCUGCUCCCUCUGAAUCCACCCGGUCAAAGAAGCUGAGGUCAAAGUCUGCUACAACCUCGGGGUCCCUGAAAUUUGAUGUCCCCUGGGCCCCUCCAAUCACCAUCGAGGACAAACCAGUCAGAGUCGACGACAGCGCGACUGACAUUGAAGUCGGCGUUGCCCUCUCUACUGCCUUGCUCCUUUCCAAAGACCUCGAACGCAACGCCGAGGCCUUUGACAUUAAGAAGGAGUUGACCCAUAAGACUAAGGAGGCCGCUGGCUUGCUCAAGACCAUCAAUAAGGCCGAGGCCAAGAUGAAGACAUUGAUCAAUCAAGCCAAGGCAGCCAAACAGGCCCCAGACGAGGCUGAUGAAAGGGCGAGGGCUGCUGAGGCUGUCGCUGAGGUCCUUAAGGUCGAGAAAAAAGAUGCCGAGGCCAAAAUGAUCGAAGCCCAAGCCGAACUCCGAGACGCCAUGGCCACCAAAACCGCCGAGAUCAAAGUGUCGGACGAGAAGGCCUACGCCGAGGGGGCAGUCGACGUCCGUGAGGACUACAAAAAACAAGAUGUGGAGGGCGAGGUCUCAAAAGGAGCCUCCCCCCAGAAGACAAUAUCCGAGGUGCCAAUCGCCGAAAAGAGCAUUGAUCAGACUUUACGAGAGAUCGACGCCAAGGUCGAGGCUGAGAAGGCUGCCGAGAAGAUUCCCUAG